AUGCUUUUAACUACUUUACUUGAUCCAGUUCCAAUUUUUCCUAUCCGCAUUAAAUUCUCAUUAUUAGGCUCAGUCUAUGUAGCAAAUGUGACCAUACAUACGACUGGUGAAGUAUUGUUGAAGAACUUCCGAAAUUGUGUCUGGUCGAAUGAUAACAACUUAUCUUGUAAACUUUUGUACCAUGACAAGGACAUACAGCUUACCGAUACGAUUGAAAGGCUAGGAAUCAAGGAAGGUGAUUUAGUCGAGACAGUAUAUGGUAUAUGUAAAAAUAAUACAAUGAAAUUUUCUAGAUUAGAGUUUUCAUCUGCACCGACUGAUGCAAGAAGUUCGAUGCUAAUCUACUUGAAAACAUCUACUGAAAAAGUGAAACUGAAUGUGUAUUGGAGUGACACCAUCUUUCAAAUUAAAAAAAUGAUCCAGGAUUUAAAGGGUAUUGCCACUGAUAAACAAUCCAUUAUAUUUAAUGACAAUGAAUUAGAUGACUUUUAUACCCUAUCAUAUUAUAACAUCCAAAAAGAGUCCACAUUACAUCUAGAACCUAAAGAAAUAACUAUCUAUGUGAAAACAGAAAUUGGAGAAAUAAUAGAACUUGAUUUAACGACAGAUAACUCUAUCGAAGAUGUUAAAUUAAUGAUCCAGAAUAAAAAAAAUAUUCUUCCUAUCCAACAGCGUAUUAGUUUUUCUGGUAAUGAACCAGAUGAUUAUAGUACCCUCUCAUCUUGUAAAAUCAAAAAAGGGUCUACACUUUAUCUAGAAAUUAAAUCAAUAAUUUUUGUAAAAACAAAUACCGGAGAAAUCAUAAAUGUUGAAAUAGAAACAAACAAAAAAAUCAGACAGCUCAAACAAAUGAUCCAAAACAUGAAUUGUGUCCCUAUCGGUCAACAAAUUCUUGUUUAUUCAGGCAAGGAACUAUUUGAUCAGAAUACCUUGUUAUAUUACAAUAUUCAAAAAGGAUCAACAUUGUAUUUAGAUUAUAAUAAAAUGAAGAUUUAUGUAAAAAUAAUGAACAAACCAAAAAUUAUAGAGCUAAAAGCAAAAAGAGAUCAUACUAUUAAAGAAAUUAAACAAAUGAUCCAGGACAAAAAAGGAAUUCCCUCGGACCGACAAUAUCUUGUGUUUAAUAAUGAAACGUUAAAGAAUGACAAUUAUUCCUUGUCAUAUUACAAAAUCGAAGAAGAUUCUACAUUGCAUUUAGAAUUUAAAGCAAUAAUAAUCUAUGUAAAAUUAAUAAAUGGAAAAACGAUAAAGGUUGAAGUGAAUAGAGAUUAUUCUGUCAAAAAGUCUAUAGACAUAAUCAAAGAUAAAGAAGGAAUUCCUUCUUAUCAACAUUGUUACUUUACUUUUAAUGGCGAGAAUCUGUAUUCUGGGAACACUUUAGAAUCAAAAAAGAUUAACAAUGAAUCCACACUUAAUCUAGUUCAAUCUAUACCAUUUUCUGGUCCAAUAUUUGUGAAAACAUUAACUGGAAAAACAAUAACUUUGGACAUAAGUUCGAGUGACACUAUUGAUCAAGUUAAAUGGAAGAUCCAUAACAAAGAAGGAAUCCCACCUGAUCAACAGCGUCUCAUUUUUGCUGGCAAGCAAGUAGAAGACGGCAGUACUUUGUCAGAUUGUUAUGUCCAAAAAGAGUCCACAAUUCAUCUUGUACUUAGGUUACGUGGAGGAAUGUUUCAAGAAACCAGUGGCCGCAAAGAAUUUGAUGCAUUACCACCACUUACGCAAUUUAUACUAACACCUGAAGAACGUCUACAAAAUGGAAUUCAUGCUGGUAUUGUCUGUAAUUAUUGCAGUAAAAGUGAAUGGAAAGGAACGAGAUAUAAAUGUUCAGAAUGCCCUGAUUAUGACUUGUGUUUUGAUUGUAUCGCAAUGUCCAACCUACUUCAUAAUGUGCAACAUCAAUUUCUGAAACUCUUGAAUCCCUUAGAUCCGAAGAUGGUUCCAGAAAAUACCUCUAUUUCUUCUGUUAAUAUUAUCCCAAUAUUACCGGACACGAAGGAAAAAUUAUUAGCUCUACUACGUGAAGAAGAGCGACUAAGAUUUUCGCCUGAACUGCAAAAAAAAUAUUAUGAUGUUGGGAGCGAUCCUACAUGUGGUAAGGAUUGGAUGGAUGUUACUGAUCAGAUGCAGCUUGAGUUGGUUCGAGAGUUUGGAUACUCGGAUGAGGCUGUACAAUUGUUGCGAC